AAACCUCUUACAACUGAAAAGCUGCAGAAGAAGGAAGAUCAGCAAUUGGAACUUAAAAAAAGUACUAGCCUUAAGAAAACCACAGAGCCCACUGUGGAUCUUUUAGGACCUGAUGGCCCUGCUGAAGCACCAGUAACCAAUGGGAACACAACCACGAUGCCAGCCCUGAGUGAUGACCCGGACAUCUUUGGACCAAUGAUCUCGAAUCCCUUGCCUCCAGGUCAGGGGACGUCCACUGGACCAGUAGCUGCCCCCGUGUCUACAGUAACAUCUGGUGAUCUGGAUCUAUUCACUGAACAAACCACAAAAUCCGAAGAAUCCACAAAGAAACAGCUCUCCAAAGAUUCCAUCUUAUCUCUGUAUGGUACCGGGACCAUUCAGCAGCAGACUACGCCUGGUGUGUUUAUGGGGCCCACAAAUAUACCAUUUACCUCACAAGCACCAACUGUAUUUCAAGGUUUUCCAGCAAUGGGAGUUCCUGUGUCUGCAGCUCCUGGCCUUAUGGGAAAUGUAAUGGGACAGAGCACAAAUAUGAUGGUGGGCGUGCCCAUACCUAAUGGGUUUAUGGGGAAUGCACAAACUGGUGUGAUGCCACUUCCUCAAAAUGUUGGCGGAAUGGCUGCGUCCCAGAGUAAGUUCGGUGUGCCGCAAGCUCAGCAGCCCCAGUGGAGUCUCUCACAGACGAACCAGCAAAUGGCUGGCCUGGGUAUCACCGGUGCAAACCCCACAGUGGGCUUUGGCCAGCCCCCCAGCACGACGGCAGGAUGGCCUGGCAGCUCAUCGGGUCACACUCUCAGCACACAGCUUUGGAAAUGAAAAUGCAAUACA